AUGUUAAUGAAUUUUAGUUGGCGUGGAGCUGAUGAACGAAUGGAAUUUGGAGUACAAGUGAUUAUGCGUUUCGCUCGUUUAGAUCCUCAAUCCUGUCAAGAUUUAGUACAAACAUAUGAGUUGUCUGGUAGUCGCAAGUCAUCUAGUUUGUCAUUGAAUAAACUCAUUCAAAUACCAUUAGUUGAAGACAGUUUACCAGUCCAUUUGAUAAUCCAAGUAAAUGGUCGGCCUAUACAACUCCCACCUCUUUUACCAAGUAAUCGUCCAGGAAUGGAUGGACGUCGUAAUCCUAGACCUAUUAAUAUCACUCAGUCUCUCCAUGUUUCCCCUACUGUUCCGAACUACAUUAAAUUGACUUGGACUCAUGAUUAUGCUAGCUAUACUUAUAAUGUUGUUGGAAUAUACUUGAUGCGUAGACGUUCACCUCAACAAUUAUGUGGUCUUUUACAUUCGACUUCAUUUCAAAAUGCAAAUGUGAUGAAAAUGGAAAUAAUAAAAAAACUUAGUCCUAAUGCUACUACUGGAAAUGUUGGUAGCGUGCACAACCACAGUCAUCCUUCAGUCGCUAAUGAAAAUAAUGGUGAUGGUGAUGAUGAUGAUGACGAUUUAGUAAUGCCAAAUACACUUCCUGUUCAACUUCUUUGUCCUUUAUCUAAAUGUCGUAUUGAAGUACCUGUACGUGGACGUCAUUGUCGUCAUGUUCAGUGCUAUGAUGCAACAACUUAUCUUAUAAUUAAUGAACGUAAACCAACUUGGAAUUGUCCCGUAUGCGAUGGUAAAGCCGUUUACGAAGAUUUAAUAGUAGAUGGUUUAUUUUUGGAAAUCCUGAAUUCUAAACGUUCUCAAGAUCUUGAAGAAAUUAUAUUUCAUGCUGAUGGUUCUUGGUCGGCUUUAGGCGAAGAAAUGGCUUCUAAUCAAUCAGAAAAUGCCAAUAAUGUUAAUAAUAAUAGUAACAAUCUCUCUGAGCCAUCUCCAUGUACUGAUUAUAAUCAGUUAUAUAGUUUACAAGAAAGUCCUUAUACUUCAAGUCAUAUUACUCCAAAUUCAAUCAGAUCAGCUACUGAUUCAGUUGGUUCUUCUUCAUUUGCACCAUCAUUUAAUACUUUGUCUCCUACAAAUUCAGUAAAUUCAUCGUCUAAUCCACAUAAUUCCUAUCCUAAUACAUUACCAACGUCUCCUGCACUCACUGUACGUGCUGCAGCAGUUGCACCAAUGAUAAGGAAUGAUGUUAACAGUAUUUCUAUCCAAAAUUCAUCUGUCAAUGAAACCUCAGUUACUGCUCAACCUUCUCGAGACAAAGAACAAAAUCAGCAGAUAUGUCAAGAGCCUUAUUCCUUCACUAUCGAUUUAACAUUGUCUGAUGAUGAAAAUGAACAACAAAGCGUUAUAAGUGCUCAAAAUACUUCAAGUUGCAUUCAAUUUCCCGCAAAGGAUAUUAACUCUUCUUCGUUGCCUAUAACUACAGCAAAACCGUAUUCUUCCUCUUCUUUAUCAUCGUUAUCACCCCAAUUCCCUCCUAGUGACCUAUCGCAAUCUUCACAUCAUUCUGAUAACACUUAUCAACUUCCACUUUCAUUACACAUGAUUAAUAAACAGUCUUCAACAACAUUAUCAAAUAUAUCCUACUCUAAAAGUUGUAAUCAGUCAAUUUCUAUACCGUCUGUUUAUUCAUCAAAAUCAAAUUCUACACAAUUAGGGAACAUUGAUCAAAAUCUCGGAACUUCUAAUGUCUCUGCUACCAAUACUUCUUCCAAUCAAAGACGUUAUCUUCCGGAUAAUAGUGACCAGGGACAACCUCAACGAUCGUCUGCUGAUGCACUUUGUUCUGUUAUUCAAUCAGAUGUUCCUGUUAGUUUAUCUUCAACUAGUGGAGUUAAACGUCCAAGCUCAUCAGAUCAUAGUUUUUCGUCGUUGAAUUUCUAUCAUUCUGGGGAGAAACCCGUAAAUAACAAUAGUGGAUUGCGUUGCAGUUCAGCUGUCCAUACUGCAUCUGUUUCAAACGAAUCCAGUUCGUAUUCUCUCCCAUCAACCAAAGCACCUCGAAUUGAAAUUCCGUAUAGUCAACACUAUGGAUCAUCUUCGACUCAAUCUCAGGGAUCAUAUCCUAAUACUAGUUAUAAUAAUUACAGACGAUAUACAAAUAGUCCAUCUGGUUCAAAUCCUUACACAUAUCACUCUAAUAUAACUCGACAAGUACAAUCUGAUGGAUAUCAUAGUAGCAGACUGACGUCGUCAUCAUUUCAUUCAGGUCAAUCAUCGGAUCAUUUUUAUCACCAUGCAACUACAACAACUUCAAGUAGUCGCCAUACAUAUUUCGAUCCUGAUGAAUCCGGUAGUAAUAAUAGUAAUGAUAAUCGGACAUGCAGCUAUUAUCCAUCCUCAAGACAUGUUGGUUAUUCCACAUCAAAUUCUGGAACAAUCUCUCCUCAUAAUAGACAAUUAUCAUCUCAUAUUCGUAAUCCCUAUUCAUGUUAUGAAAGUCACCAGAGAAAUGUUACUAGUAACCCGUUGACCAGAGACACACUUCAGCAUAGUUCACAACAAGUAAAGUCUUCCAAUGUAAAUAAUUCAACGUUUUAUGGUAACUCAGUUGAUUCACGUAGAGGACUUCAUUGAGGCUUUUUUACGAAAUCGACUUCUUCAAUCAAUUAAUGAUCCCAUUCUAAGUGUAUUUAUAUAUAUUCAACAAAUCAUGAAAAACAGACAGCAGUGUUUUUUUUUCUUCUUUCUAUUCAUUGAAUGUGUAUACAUUUUUUUUCUAAAUAAUUUACUUUCCCCUCUUUCUUGUCAGCAGCAAAAAGAUUGACUUGUAAAUAGUAUAUUUCAUUAUCAUUCAAAGAUAAAACACUAUCUCUCAUUCGCUUCUCUUCCCCCUUUUCUUUUUUCCCCAAUAUAUAACAGAAUUCACAUAGAUUAUUACAUUUGCAUUUUUUUUAUUUUUUUCUCUUUUCUAGUUUACAUGUUGGUUUCUUUUUUUUUUGUUGUUGUUGAUGGUGGUGAAAAUGAUUUUUAUUUUUAUGUAAACUACCACAACUUUAUAAUAGUAGUCCUUUUUAUCUGUUAUAAUGUACGCGUAUAAAGUCAAUCUUUCUACUUUCUAUUGCUGCUCACUUAUUAUACUUUGACCAUUGUGUCAGCUGAUUAAGUUCAAUAAAAAAUGCAUGGAUCAAUUAAGAAGUAUAUUUCUUUUUUAAUGCAAACUGUUUAUUUUUACUAUUCUAUUUCUUUCGUUCUGUUUUAAUUGAACAAUAUCCAUCCACUUCACCUUAAGAAUUAUCAUAUGCAAGUGUACAUGUAUCAUCUUAUAAAAUACUGUUUUUUUUUUUUAAAUGCUGAUAUUCUAAGUGGUAUAUUUACAUGUGUUACAUUAAAUUUCUAGAAGGCGCCGUAUUUAUAAUUGCAUUUCUUUUUCUCUUUCUCAUGUUUAUUAUUAUUAUCAGUCUGUUGUUGUUGUUGUUGUUGACUAGGUGCAAAAGAAACACUAAUUGACUAAACAAAUCAUCCUAGUCUAACUUCUCUGCUUCUUUACUUUGCUGUUGUACAAAAUUGUUACAUCUUUCAUUAUCAAUAUUACUAUUAUUAUUAUUAUUAUUUUCAUUUCAUGUUGUCACUUAUUCUAGAUCUGAUUGUGUAAUCAUAUUCUAAAUGGGAAUAUCUACAUUAUUAUUCUUGUGUUUGUGUUACAAUUUUACAAUUUUACUUUUUUUCUUUUUGUAAAUGUUUUUAUUAUAUUAGUGUAUUUCAACUGCGUUGAAAAGAAACACGUGGUUUGUAUACAAGAAAAGAUUUAAACUUA